GGAGAAUAAAAAGAAAAAGUAAAGUGAAGAGAAGUAACCAGAGAGGAGAUUAAUCUGAGGUAGAGUGUGACGGGGGGAGGGAACGACACUCAGAGGAGUUUCACACAGCCGGUUAGUUCUGCAUUACACAUUGCAACAGAGUGUCAAGGCAGGAAAUAGAUGACACAGUCGACGUUUGUCUGCAUCACAGUGAUACCACAGAGAGAGAGAAAGAGGGUGAACCACAGCAGGCAGAGAGGAGAGGCUGGAGAGAGAGGAGAAGAGACGAAACAGAAGGAGGUGAAAGGAAACAAGAGGAGGAGGCUGGAGGAUGAAGAUGACACAAAGCUGAAGUUUGAAGCUUUUUAAAAAGAAGUGCAUCAAAAAGAUUCAAACAGGAAGAAAACGAGGGGAAAAAGGAGAAGAACAAAAAGAGAAGAAAGUGGACGACGAGAAGAGACGAGUUUGAAUUGAGCAGACGAGGAAGCAGAAAGUCAGAGAGGAGGGUGAGGGAAGCAAGGGAGGCAAGAGAGGAGAGGAGGCAGACAUCGAGAAAAGUGGAGCAAGAAGGGAGGAGGAGAAAGAAGAGGUGAGGAAAGGAGGAGAGGAGGAGGAAGAGGACCUGCAGAGUCAUCAUGGAGGAGGACAUCAGGAAACAGGGGAUGCUUUACCUCCAGCAGCAGAGGUUUGGAAAGAAGUGGAAGCGUGUGUGGUGUGUCCUGUACAGAGAAAGCUCCUGUUCGAUCUCCAGACUCGAGUUCUUUGAAUGUAAAGAUGGAGAGAAGAGCGACAAAAGUCUGCGCAAACAGCAGGAACACAAGAAGGUGAUCCGUCUGGCGGACUGUAUCAGGGUGUCGGAGGUGGAGAUGGACGGAUGUCCCAAAGAUACGGGACCCUUCCUGGUGGAGACCACAGAGAAGAUCUACAUGUUUGCUGCAGACAGAAACCAGGUGGAAGACUGGACACACAAACUGUGUGAGAUCGCCUUCCCUAUGAACUGGACAGAGCACGGGGUGAAGAGAGGCAGCCUGCAGAGAGGAAACAGGGUGGAUAAAGAUGAAGGGAUGGAGGACAACUCACUGUACAGCGGCAGAGAGACAGUGCGUGACUUCAGAGUAUGUGUUCGGAGGACGGAGGCGUCUGAUCGCUGCAGACUGAAAGGAGACGGCAUCCUACGAGCGGACGUGGACGCUCUUCACCUGCUGGAUAAGGCGGGAGACGUGGUGUACACCUGGCCGUACAGAUACCUGCGCCGCUUUGGACGAGACAAGUCCACCUUCUCCUUUGAGGCGGGUCGGAGGUGUGACUCUGGCGAGGGGAACUUCGAGUUCGAGACCAAACAGGGGAACCUUCUGUUCCAGGCUGUGGAAGCUGCUAUCAACCUGCAGCGGAUCUCCCUCCCCCACAGACAGACCUCCGGGGGGGGCCAGAUGAGUCCGGAGGCCCCCCAGAGCCUGAGCCUGCCCUCCCUGCCCCUCAACACGCCACCGGCCCAGAGCAGGACGCCACCGCCACCUCAGCCCCGCAACCAAACCCCACAACCCCCCACUGCUCAGGCAGGCGGCGGUGUGUACAGCAUGGUGACCGAACAUCCAAAUCUACAGAUAAGUCAUCACAAAGACAAAGAGAGCUCCACUCUUUCACAACAACAGCAACAACAGCGCCCCCAGCUGUCUCGUUUGGAGCCUCCAGUCGACAAAGUUCUGACCGGAGUGAAGAGUCUGACUCUGGACACUCGUGGCGUCCCCGUCCCCCGUAAGAACCAGGUCAAGAUGAUCUCCAGCUGCCCCUUGCCCCACGCUGAGCCUGGCCCCAACCUGGCCCCGGGCUCUGGCUCCACCCCCGCCCACAACUCCCGCCUUAGUCCCAAACUGAGCUCCAACCCGAACUCGGAUGAGAUGUACUCUCAGAUCACUCUGCCGGGUGCCAGCGAGCGAGGCACCAAGAGGGAGAGGAGGGAGAGAGGAGGCAGCCUGGCUCCCCCCUGCACCCCUCCUCAAAUCAACCCAGAGCCGGAGUACUCCCUUCCCUUUGACACCAUCGCCAAGAACGUCAUGGCGGACAUCCUGAACUCCCAAAAGACUCGUGUCUCUGAGUCUGGUGCCGACCCGCUGUACGACAGCAUUGAUGAGAUGAAGAUCAGGAACGUCUUCCCGGCUCAAGCCGCCACUCUCGGGCCAACGUACGGAAAGAUGGAGCACAUCUACGACGAGCCUGAAGGCUGCGCUGCUGCCACCAGCGGAGGGCAAAAACCCACCGCUCCAACCUCGGUGUACGACGACCCAGAAGAGAUGAGAGGAGAUGCCUGGAGGAUCAUGGGUACAGCUGCUGACCCCAAAGGUCAUGAGUACCCGUACAACCCCCGGGUGGAUGACUAUGCGGUCCCCAAACGACCCCAGAGGGCGUUUCUUGCCACACAAAGCAACGAAGACGAAGACGAGGAGGAUGAGGAGCAGCAGCCAGAGGAGGAGGAGGAGGAGGAGGAGGAGCAGAGGGAGGACCAGCUGGAUUCACCAUACAACAACGUCAUGGUGAAGAUGGAGUAGAGACAACAGGAGGAGGAACAGCACACAGGAACGUCAACAUGAUUCACAUCAGCAAUGAUCACUGAGACUCACUGCAGACACAUUUUAUUAUAUCAUGUAACUUACAUGUCUUCAGUAAUCUGAAGAUGUCUCCUCGGGCUUAGGUGAGUGAUGGAGGCUAUUUUUCACUGUUAUCUGAUAUGUUACAGACUAAAAGAAGGAUGGAGCUGCAGCGUGGAUCACAGGUCUCAGCUGCUCCACACUGAUGGAGGAGGUGGAGUCCAGAUGUGUGGAUCUGGGAGCUGAUGUGAUAAAACUAUUGCUUCUUGUUUAUGGGACUUUACAUACUCUCACUGGCCCCUUUAUUAGGUGCACCUUGUUAGUACCAGGUCCGACCUUUUUAUCCUCAGACCUACCUUAACUCUUUGUGGCGUAGAUUUAACAAAGAGCUGGAAACCUUCCUCAGAAAGUUUGGUCCUUAUCGACAUAUCAAAGUCACUUAACUCACCUUUCUUCCUCAGUCUGAACUUCAGCAGGUUGUCUUCACCAUGUCUUCAUGACAAAACACACUGAAUAAAGUGGUUGGUGAGUGGAGAAACAGCUUUAAUUGUUCUUGAGUUUAAUGAGCUUGUGCCACAGGUGUAAGCUGAAGCUCAGGUGUGACCUGACUCAGCCCUUGUGCGUGUCACUGUUUCCAUCAGUAAAAGGUACAGCUCCUAGUUCAAUACAGUGAAUCCCCCUGCUGAUGCAUUCAAGGACACUCCAGCAUCUGAGGUUUGAAAGGAGCAGCUGCUCAGCUUUAACUUUUUAAUAAUGAGUUCUGAAAAAAACAUCUUUGUCUCUCUCAUUGUCCAUGUUUACUUUAUUCUCUCUCUUUAUUUGGAUCCGCAUCAGCUUCCACAGACCUGCUGCUCGACCUCCUUGGUCCAAAAAGAAUAAACUCAAACAACUUUUUAAAAUCACACAGAAAAAACUAGAAAACACAAAACAAGCCACAUGUAAAGAUCAGAACACAGUGAAAUGACUCUUCUUAUACAAACAUAGAAAGUAGAAUCUUACGAGAAUAAAACCAAACUUCACCUGUUGAGUUUGUCAGACUCAGCACAGGGACAGUGUUGAAAGUGCUCUCAGCAUUUAUUUAUAUGUCAAAAUGAUGAAAAUUGAUUAUUUGAUGAGUCUGAGCUCAGGCCUGCAGUGUGAAUGUUUGUCCUGCAGGAGGCAGCAGAGCUCAGACCAGUGGUUGUUCCUUGAGUGAAAUCAGACACUGGAUUCAUCUCUGGAUCUGUGUACAGAUGCUUUCUGGAUAAACAGCCUGUAAAUCUGAAAUAAAACCUGAUUUAUGACUCUGA